GUGCGGCGUGUCUGUAACCCGAGCUCGGUGACAGAGCUCCGUCUUCUCGACAACUGUGUGUGUGUGUGUGUGUGUUACUGGAAAAUACACGGAUGGACCCGCACGAUAACUUUCUAUGAAGUACCAUCGUGAUUUCAUUUGGUGAAUCGCCAUGAAGGCCCAGGACUGGUUUAUUGUCACCUGUUGCCUCUGUGGCCUAAGCUCGACGGCAGAUGCAACAGAAGCAGAAGACCGGCUGAUGAAGAAACUGUUUUCUUCGUACAAUGUUAAAGCAGAUGCCCUCGCGAGGAGCCCAGAGGAAAGGGUCGUUGUGAGGAUAGGCAUGACUCUCUCGUCAUUCGUCAGCCUGAACAUGAAAGAUGAGGAGAUGAACACUAUAGUUAUUAUGAACUUGGAGUGGAAUGAUUAUCAGCUCUCCUGGAACCCGAAAGAUUGGGGAAUUGAUGUGUUGCGUAUCCCGGCUGGAAAAGUGUGGCUUCCUGAUAUUGUUCUCAUCAAUAACAAUGAUGGCGUGUUUGGUGUAGCUCUACAGGUCCAUGUGCAGGCCUACAGUAACGGUCGGGUGACGUGGACGCCACCAGCUCUUUACAAGAGUUCCUGUGGGGUAAAGGUGACAUACUUUCCCUUCGACUGGCAAAAUUGCACCAUGGUUUUCCGCUCGUACACGUAUGAUUCCUCAGAAGUGGAUCUGCAGCAUGGCCUUGAUAAGAGAGGAAAUGAAAUCCAAGAGAUCGUCUACGAUACAGGCUUUAGUGAGAGUGGAGAAUGGCACAUUCGUCACAAGGUUUCUAGGAAGAAUGUGCGAGAGGACCUGUAUGAAGACAUCACCUUUUACCUGAUCAUCGAGAGAAAGCCCAUGUAUUAUGUGUUUAACAUCAUCCUGCCCUGUAUCCUCAUCACCAUCAUUGCCAUUUUUAACUUCUACUUGCCACCUGACGCAGGGGAGAAGAUGGGCCUUUCCAUCAAUGUACUGCUGACUUUAACUGUCUUCCUGCUUCUGCUCGCCAACAAAGUCCCAGAAACAUCUCUGGGUGUUCCCAUUAUCGUCAACUACUUGAUGUUCACCAUGAUCCUGGUCACCUGUUCUGUCAUCCUCAGUGUUGUGGUGCUCAACCUUCACCAUCGCUCGCCCAACACACACCAAAUGCCCCUAUGGGUGCGCAAGAUCUUCAUCCACAUGUUGCCUCCUUACCUGGGCAUGCUGCGACCGAAAGAGGAGACCCCUCUUUUUCUUGAGAAAACUGCCAAAAAGGAGAACACUCAAGCCAUCCGCAGAGUGGCCGAUGAGUACUUCAUCCGCAAACCCAAUAACACCAACUUCCUCUUUCCCAAACCCCACAGGUACCAGUCUGAUGGUCCAUGCACCGACUUGAGGAAGUUCAUUGAUGGCCCCAGUCAUUACCUCACCCUUCCUCCAGAUCUCAAGGCAGCUGUGGAAGCCAUCACUUACAUCGCAGAGCAGCUGCAGGCAGAGAAAGAUUACGAGGCUUUAAAGGAGGACUGGCAGUAUGUUGCCAUGGUGGUUGAUCGACUCUUCCUCUGGAUCUUUGUGAUUUUUACCACCCUUGGGACACUGGGCAUUUUUGCUGAUGCCAGCUUCAAUGCCACGCCUACUGACCCCUUUCCCUAAAUCUGACGCUCUUUCUCUCUAGGCCUGAACUUUUCACCUCAGAAACACUGGCAUGAGAUGUGUUAGACACUGCUAUGUAUUUAAUGCACAAUAAUGGUCUUUUACUUUAACACAAAGAGUUUAUUUAUGUUGGAUAGAUGCGUAAAGUUCAAUGGGAUUUGUUAUUAUAACACAUUUUUAAUUUGCUGAAAUUUACUUUUGCCAUUUUGAACUUAUGCAGUUCCUCUUUUAAAGAAAGAAAUGUUUUCAUUAUCAGUCCAACCAUGACUUUUUUAUUACUUUGUGUUUUACUCAUUAGUAAUUGAAUUAUUGUGUGUGUAUAGACGUAUCACCUAAUAUUAAUGUAAUAUAUUACAUACUGUAUUUAAUGUGCUGGUAAAUCAAUUUUUGCACAUACGCUUUAGUUUUAUAAAUGUAUAACUCAGUUUGGCUCACUUGGACGCUGAUUUAAACCACCGUUCGAAAGAUUGGGGUUAGUAGUGUUCUAUUAAAUAAACUAAUUAAAGAAUCCUUAAUAAAAGGUUUCAUGAUUUUAA